AUGACCACCUCUCCCUGGGAUCCGCGCGAGGCUCUGCCGCAGGAUAUCCGCCGGCUGCUGACGCCGCCAACUUCGGGCAAAAAUUACAACUACAUCAACGCAUUCUACCAGAUCGUUUCUCUGCUUAAAAGCCAGAAGCGAACGGGAUGGGUUGAUCACCAGGUGCCGAAUCCGGAAAGCAUUGCCGAUCACAUGUAUCGGAUGUCGAUCAUCGCCAUGUCGCUCAGCAAGGACGCCUUUUCGCAGACCCCGGACCUGGCCAAGUGUGCAAAGAUCGCUCUUGUCCACGACAUUGCAGAGAGUCUUGUUGGCGAUAUAGUGCCGCACGACGCCAACGUCGACAAGACAGAGAAGAACAGACGCGAGUAUAGCACCAUCGUGUAUCUAAGCGAGGUGAUCCAGCCGUACAACAAGGCGUUCUCGGAGGAGAUCGUGGAGUUGUGGCUGGACUAUGAGAACCAGCGAAACUUCGAGGCCACCAUCGUGAAGGACAUCGACAAGUACGAGAUGCUGAUCCAGGCGUUCGAGUACGAGAAAAGCACCCAUAAGCCGUUGGAUGAGUUUUUCAGAUCCCGCGCGCUGAUCAAACACCCGGAGAUCCAGAGCCUGGCAGACAGUCUUUUGGAGGAGCGAGACACGUUUUGGAACUCGUUGAAAUAA